CCCGGGGGUGUUGGGGCGGAGUGUGAGGAGGAGCGUAGCUUCCGGGAAGCAGCUCCGCCCCAGUGUGUUGGGGACUCUAGAGAGUGCGUGGUAGCUGUGUGAUAGCUGUGUGAUAGCCGUGGCGGUGGCAAGAGCGUAGACUCGCAGCUCUUGGGAGAAGCUGCUCCAAGGCAGGGACCUCCCCCUGGCCCCCCCACCUCGGAUGUCUUGGAAGACCCUGUAGCCCACACAGAUUUGAGUGAAAGUUCUCCCUUCUGGGUGUGGUGCAGGAGGCAAAGCUGAGCGUCCAGCAGAUAUCCCGGGAGCCCUCCCUUCCCACCAGCUGGCUGCCCUGUGCCCUCCCUGCUCACCAUGCAGCCCCAGUCUGUUCUGCACAGCGGCUACUUCCACCCACUGCUUCGGACCUGGCAGACAGCCGCCGCCACCCUCGGUGCCUCCAACCUCAUCUACCCCAUCUUUGUCACGGAUGUUCCUGAUGAUGUACAGCCUAUCGCCAGCCUUCCAGGAGUGGCCAGGUACGGUGUGAACCGGCUAGAAGAGAUGCUGCGGCCCCUGAUAGAAGAGGGCCUGCGCUGCGUCCUGGUCUUUGGCGUCCCCAGCAGAGUUCCCAAGGACGAGCGGGGCUCUGCAGCCGACUCCGAGGACUCCCCAGCUGUGGAGGCGAUCCGUCUGCUGCGCAAGACCUUCCCCGGCCUCCUGGUGGCCUGUGACAUAUGCCUGUGUCCCUACACCUCCCACGGUCACUGCGGGCUUCUGAACAAGAAUGGGAUUUUCCAGGCCGAGGAGAGUCGCCAGCGGCUGGCAGAGGUGGCUCUGGCCUAUGCCAAGGCAGGAUGUCAUGUGGUAGCCCCGUCGGACAUGAUGGAUGGACGCGUGGAAGCCAUUAAGAAGGCUUUGCUGGCACAUGGACUUGGCAACAGGGUGUCAGUGAUGAGCUAUAGUGCCAAAUUUGCUUCCUGUUUCUAUGGACCUUUCCGGGACGCGGCUCAGUCAAGCCCAGCUUUUGGAGACCGCCGCUGCUACCAGCUGCCUCCUGGAGCCCGAGGCCUGGCCCUCCGAGCAGUGGACCGGGAUGUGCGGGAAGGAGCUGACCUGGUCAUGGUGAAGCCGGGAAUGCCCUACCUGGACAUCGUGCGGGAGGUGAAGGACAAGCACCCUGAGCUCCCUCUCGCCGUGUACCACGUGUCUGGAGAGUUUGCUAUGCUGUGGCACGGAGCCCAGGCUGGGGCGUUUGAUCUCAAGGCUGCUGUCCUGGAGGCCAUGACCGCCUUCCGCAGAGCAGGUGCCGACAUCAUCAUCACCUACUACACACCUCAGCUACUGCAGUGGCUGAAGGAGUGAUGGAGAGAGUGUGAGAGACCCAAGAACUAGGACUGCACAAAGGUCCCGGGGCCUUGGAGAAGUGAAAACCAAAGUAAAUGCUGCUUUUAGAACUGUGCCCUGUGCCCGAUUCCUGCUCACAUGCUGGCAGGUGCCCAGCAGUGCCAGGUGACUUCUGCCUGCGUGCCAAUCUCACCACUCAGAGCCACAUCUCCCUGGGCUGUCCCAAGCUUCUCCACCCUCCUCAGGGCCAGCUCUGAAGCCACCUCUGCCGCCGUAGCUCCUUCCUCUGGAGUGGCUUUAGCUAGGAAGCUCCCAGGAGUCACGGGCACAGGUUUGCGAUGCCCAGGAGAGGGGUUUGGAGCAUUAGGGGAAGAGGAAGGCAGUUGGAUCGUUGGUCCUCAGAAGCUCUGGAAAACCCAAGGCCUCUGGCAGCAUUGCUGGGCACAGGGACUGAGGCCUAGAUUGACCUGUCCGGGUUCAGAGUUGAGAUUUGCUGUGAUUCCACUGGAAGGCGAUUCUCCCAGGCCAGGGGUUGCCAGGCUGCCUGAGAUCUGCUCUACCCUGAGCCAUAAACCCAGAAAAGAGUUACUCUGCUGAGCAGAAACAUUGCCUGGGAAUUACAAUGCAGAAGCAAAGAGAGAGCUCCUGAGUGUUGGAGAUGGCCACCGCUGAACAAGCUUUUUAUUAAAGAGAUAUUUUUGAGAGCGUGCAUGCGCCGUGCCCAGGCACGGUGUUCUGGGUACUGAGAAUUGAGCCGGACAGACCUCAGCUUGUCUCUCUGCGUGGAAGCUAUACAAGGAGAAUGGGAGAGACAGACGACAACAAGAAAGCAGACAAAUAAAGCAGUCACAGACUCUAAUAAAUGCUUUGAAGGAAA